AUGAUGCCAGAACAUAUCUAUAGUACACACGUGCAUGAAGUAUUGAAGACAGAAAAAAAUUCCGGAACUGUGAAAUAUCUAGCACCUGAGGCAGCUCUUGUUUUUCAUCUAAGACGUGUGAUGCCUGAGAAGUUGUGGUCGACGAAUUCGACGAAACAAACAAAUGCGCUUGCUAAAUUCAUCCAGACAUGCAAUAAUUCGUGGAAAAAACGGUUGAAAACAAUUGCACGCAUUCCGGAAGCGGAAAUAUUACAUGGCAGUAUUUGGCCGAAUCGUGGAACUGAGGUAAUCCAAGAAAUGGAAGCAUGCCGGGAAAAUCUUACUGCUCAGCAGGGCGAAAGAUGUGCUGCGCCAUAUCGCUGUAUUUCAGAGCUUACAGCUGUUAAUAGGAGCGAAUGGAUUUUUGCGCAACAGACUUGGGUGGCUUUGUAG